AUGGUCUUGUUGAGCAAGAUUAGCCUCGUCCACGUCUGGACGCUGGCUCUCUCUGCUGCUGCAGAGGCCGGCAGCUGCUGGAGGAACACGACUUGCACAGGUCCUGCUGAUACCUCCUUUCCUGGUGCCUGGGAGAAGAACAUAUAUGCUCCUGCUUCACGUCUAGUUCGUCCCCAGAGUAUACUCGAAACGUCCGACUCACGGACGGACUUCAAAGUGGGUUCCGGCCACAAUGUCCUGAAAGGAAACGGCUCCCAAAUUGUUUUUGACUUUGGCAUUGAAGUUGGUGGGAUUGUCUCAGUAGAUUACACAGCAUCAGCUGCAGGCUCAGCCCUGAACCUAGCAUUCAGCGAGGCUAAGAACUGGAUUGGAAAGUUCUCAGACUCUUCAAAUGGUGCUUUCAAGCAGGGAGAUGGUUACCUCACUUACAACAUCACCGAAGCCGGAAAGAGCGUGUACACCAUCCCUGACAACAAGCUACGCGGUGGAUUCAGAUAUUUGACCGUCUUCGUCACAGGCAAUGCUACUCUAGACGUGAAUGAUAUCACCCUAGAAAUAGGCUUCCUUCCGACAUGGUCCAACCUACGCGCCUACCAGGGCUACUUCCACAGUAAUGACGAGCUACUCAACCGUAUAUGGUACAGUGGCGCCUACACUAUUCAGACCAAUAUGGUACCUGUGAACACUGGUCGUCAGAUCCCCGCAGUGGCCUAUGGGUGGGACAACAAUGCUACUCUUGGACCUGGUGAUACCAUCAUCGUUGAUGGUGCGAAAAGAGAUCGAGCCGUUUGGCCGGGAGACAUGGGCAUUGCAGUUCCUGCAACUUUUGUCAGUAUCGGUGAUUUGGAAAGUGUAAAGAAUGGAUUGCAGGUUAUGUACAACACUCAGGCCUCAACUGGUGCUUUUGCGGAAUCAGGUCCACCCCUGAGCCAGAAAGGAUCUGACACUUACCACAUGUGGUCUAUGAUUGGAACAUAUAACUACGUCCUCUUCACGAAUGACACGGACUUUCUCCAGCUGAACUGGGCGAAAUACCAGCUCGCUAUGGAUUAUAUCUACGGGAAGGUUGGUUCCAGCGGCUUGUUGAACGUUACCGGAACCAGAGAUUGGGCCCGGUGGCAGCAGGGAUUCAACAACUCCGAGGCGCAGAUGAUUCUAUACCACACCCUUAACACAGGAGCACAGCUUGCCGAUUGGGCUGGCGACACCACCGGCCUGUCCAGCAACUGGACUGAGAGAGCCAAGAAUCUGGCAGUCGCUGUCAAUGCCGAUUGCUUCGAUGGUGCGUAUGGUGCUUUCAAGGAUAACGCGACUGCGACAACUUUACAUCCUCAAGAUGCCAAUAGCAUGUCGAUUCUAUUCGGACUUGUCGAUGAGGAUCGCGUACAAGGCAUUUCUCAGCGUUUGACCGAAAACUGGGCGCCCAUCGGAGCCGUUGCCCCAGAGUUGCCGGAAAAUAUUUCACCAUUCAUUUCAUCGUUUGAAAUUCAAGCCCACUUCGUUGCUGGACAACCGGACAGAGCACUGGACUUGAUCCGACGUUCUUGGGGCUGGUACAUCAACAACCCCAAUGGAACAGAGAGUACUGUGAUCGAAGGCUAUCUCCAAAAUGCCACUUUUGAAUACCGCAGCAGCCGUGGAUACUAUUACGAUGCUUCAUAUAUCUCCCAUGCACAUGGCUGGUCAGCUGGACCCACGUCAGCAUUGAUCAAUUACGUUCUUGGUUUGUCUCUCACCGGUCGCGCUGGAUCGACAUGGCAGUUGGCUCCACAAUUCGGUGAUUUGACCUCUGUUGAAGGAGGGUUUACAUCUUCCUUGGGUCAGUUCCAGGCUUCAUGGACUCGAGAGUCUACAAAGUCGUCGUCGUCGUAUGAGUUGUCGUUCAAGGUACCUAAAAACACACAAGGCGGAAACGCCGGCCUCGCAGCCGUAGUCGCUGCACGCGAUCUGGGCUGCGCUUGUACAGUCGUUGUACCCCAUAGCACGAAGCAGCACACGAUUGAUAGACUGCGAGCCGCUGGCGCAAACGAUGUGCUACAGCAUGGAGCUAGCUGKUUUCAAGCCGAUACUUUUCUGCGGGAGACUUUCAUCGAUGCCCCGAAGCAGGAGGAGACUGGCGAUGUCAAGAACGUAUAUGUGCAUCCUUUCGAUAAUCCGGUUAUAUGGGAAGGACAUUCGACUAUUAUAUCUGAGUUAGCUGAGCAACUGCCGGCUCGCGAGGAUGGGGACAACACUCAGUUCCCUGCCGAUGUUGUCGUAUGCAGCGUUGGUGGAGGAGGAUUAUUCAAUGGUAUUGUUCGCGGGCUAAGUGAUUAUAAUAAGUCCCACCCAAAGGACGGGCCAAGAGAAAAGAAAGUGGAUGUUCUCGCCGUCGAAACGAAAGGAGCAGACUCCUUGGCCUACUCUCUGCAAAAUGGAGAGCUGUCAUCUCUCGACGCAAUCACAUCCAUUGCAACUACACUAGGUGCGCUAUGCGUGGCACCCAAAGCUUUCCAGAAUGCAAGUGAGCCACCGGAGGGUGUCAGAGUUACAAGUGUGGUGGUACCCGAUGCCGAAGCGGCCAGGGGGGUAGUUACUUUUGCGGAUGAGUUGCGCAUACUCGUCGAGCCGGCUUGUGGCGUGUCGAUAGAUGUUGCGCUGGGUGCGAGGUUGAGGGAGGCAAUUGCAGAGAGGGAGUUGGGAUACGACAGUCGUGUUGUGGUUGUUGUUUGUGGUGGCUCAGCUGUGACUCCUGAGGUCGUAGCUGAGUAUCGCACGAAACUUGCCCUAGGUUGGGUCUGA